AUGAGUCGACAGUGUAGUAGCAGCAGGUCUACCUGCCGGCUUGGGGGCGGCAGAGGCUUCAGCUCGGGUUCUGCAGGCCUUGUCAGCUUCCAGCGCCGAUCCACCAGCAGCUCUGUGCGCCGCAGUGGAGGAGGCGGUGGCGGGAGAUUUUCAGGAGGCUUCUGUGGGAGUGGGGGCUCUGGUGGUGGCUUUGGAAGUAAAAGUCUGAUUAACCUUGGAGGCGGCAGGAGCAUCUCCAUGAGUGUGGCUGGAGGUGGACACAUGGGUGGUGGCAUGGGUGGUGGGAGCUUCGGUGGUGGCUUUGGGGGUGGUAGUUUUGGGGGUGGUGGUUUUGGUAGUGGUGGUUUUGGUGGCAGUGGCUUUGGUAGCGGUGGUUUUGGUGGUGGUGGCUUUGGCAGUGGAGGUGGUUUUGGUGGUGGUGGAUACGGGGGUGGUAGAUUUGGGGGUGGUUUUGGGCCUGUCUGCCCCCCUGGUGGCAUCCAGGAAGUCACUGUCAACCAGAGCCUCCUGCAACCUCUCAAUGUGGAAGUCGACCCUGAGAUUCAAAAAGUGAAGUCUCAUGAGAGAGAGCAGAUCAAGACACUCAACAACAAAUUUGCCUCUUUCAUUGACAAGGUGCGCUUCCUGGAGCAGCAGAACCAGGUGCUGCAAACCAAAUGGGAGCUGCUGCAGCAGGUGGAUACCUCAACCAGGACCCACAAUUUAGAUCCCCACUUUGAGUCAUAUAUUAGCAACCUCAGAAGGCAAGUGGACCAACUGAAGAGUGAUCAAUCACGGAUGGAUUCAGAACUGAAGACCAUGCAGGACUUGGUGGAAGAUUACAGGAACAAGUACGAGGAAGAGAUCAACAAGAGGACAAAUGCAGAGAACGAGUUUGUGACCAUCAAGAAGGACGUGGAUGCAGCUUAUAUGAGCAAAGUAGAGCUCCAGGCCAAGGUGGACAACCUGCAGCAGGAGAUCGACUUCCUCACAGCGCUCUACCGCGAGGAAUUGUCUCAGAUGCAGACUCACAUCAGUGAGACCAAUGUCAUCCUGUCCAUGGACAACAACCGCACUUUGGACUUGGACAGCAUCAUCUCCGAAGUCAAGGCCCAGUAUGAUGACAUCUGCCAGAGGAGCAAGGCAGAAGCUGAGACAUUUUAUCAGAGCAAGUAUGAAGAGCUGCAGGUCACGGCUGGCAGACAUGGUGACAGUGUGAAAACUUCCAAGAUGGAGAUUUCUGAGCUGAACCGAGCCAUGCAGAGACUUCGAUCUGAAAUUGAUGGUGUCAAGAAGCAGAUCUCACACAUGCAGCAGAACAUCAGUGAAGCCGAGCAGCGUGGUGAGAGCGCUCUCAAAGAUGCCCAGAACAAGCUGAAUGAGCUGGAGGAUGCCAUGACACAGGCCAAGGAGGAACUGGCCCGGCUGCUGCGCGACUACCAGGAGCUGAUGAACACCAAGCUGGCCCUGGACAUGGAGAUCGCCACGUACAGGAAACUCCUGGAAGGAGAGGAGAUCAGGAUGUCUGGAGAGUGCACCCCCAACGUGAGCGUGUCGGUGAGCACCAGCCACACCAGCAUCAGCGGAAGCAGUAGCCGAGGUGGCGGCGGAUACGGAUCCGGAGGUGGAAGUUAUGGCUCUGGAGGCGGCGGCAGCUACGGCGGCUCUGGAGGUGGCAGCUACGGCGGCGGCUCCGGAAGUGGCGGCGGCAGCUAUGGUGGCUCCGGCGGUGGCGGCAGCGGCAGUGGGGGCCACAGAGGUGGUUCUGGAGGGGGCGGUGGCAGCUCCGGAGGCAGCUACGGUUCCUCUGGAGGAGGCCGUGGAGGAUCUAGCUCCGGGGGCGUUAAGUCCUCUAGUGGCAGUUCUAGCGUGAAGUUCGUUUCCACUAGUUACUCCCGGGGGACCAGAUAGAGAGGUGCUCACCACCCCAUUAGCUCUCCCUUUCCAUCACCACCAAAUAUGGCUGGCAAGACCAAGAUCAAUUGCCCUAGUCUUAUUGGAGAGAGAGCUAUGAUGAAUGGCACCGAUUCAGCCUAUUUCCCCUGCGCGCAACCCCCCCCCC